GUAGAUUACAAAUUUUAAGCUCGUUGGUUGAAUUUUCAUGAGGAUGACCGCUUCACUAUUACCAACGUAGUGGUUUUCUUGAAGUAUUUGCAAUAGCGCUGACUUCAUAAAUUCUGCUCGGAUCAUGUCAUAUAAUUCUAAAACAAUAAAUCAUACGAUAAAAUGUGUCAACCUGAAACGCAGCAACAUUUUCAGCCCGUCACCUGUUCCUGAUAAUUUGGAUUCUGCUUCGCCCACUGUUCAACAAUGCAUUUCGUCUUACUACUCACUUAUACAGUGCUUUCAAAUUCAUGACGAGCAAAUGUUUCAUAAGAAAUACUCUUGUUUACCCCUCUCGAAUCUGGACUUGGUUGGAAGUAGAAGUCUAGCGCAUGAGAAACGACCGAACAACUUGACAAAUGAAGCUUCGAAAAAUGACACCGCCCAAAUAAAUGAAUUUAAUGUUUUCGGGUAUUCAGGCGGUCCUUUAUUAACACUGACUAAGUCACUGCUGGGUAUACGCGAACCCUUGGAGUGGAAGGAUACUAUCGAAAUUCGUCAGUUAAGUCCUGGAUGCAAAUGGCCAUCUGAGCUACUCAAUCCGACCAAAAGUCAACCAAAUACAACUUUAUAUCUAUUGACGGAGUUUCUCGAGCUGCAACUAGAUGACGGUAACCUGGAGCCUAUUUUCGGUUCAGCAUUUAUUUACGAUGUUCAUUCGCGCCUUAAAGUUUCGGAAACAUUCCAUUUUGAUACCAAUUCAACGAGAAUGAUGAACUUGUUUAGUGGUAGUAUGACAAACCAGCAACUAGCUUAUCGUGAUGUGACCUCAUUAGCACAGACCUGUCUGUUUCGAAUAAGUAGUCGAUACAAUCUGUCCAACUCAACAGAUCUAAGAAGUAAUAUUACGAAGCCUUAUUUAAAAACACCAUCUGGGGGCUCUGCGGAAAAAAUUGGAGUACACUCGAAUGUCCCUACAAAUGACUGUGAAUCAAAUAACGACGAUGAUUUUGGUCUAGAAGACGUCCUACUAUUUGCUUCAGAAUGGACUGAGAAGCUUACUUUUAACUCCUGUAAAACAUCUUGUUGUAAAGGCGGAUUGUUUUUAAUUAUUCGAGUAGAGAAGGUAUUACAACAAGGUGAUGUAAAUGAUAUCAUUGAAGGUUAUAAUAAGGAUGAAAAAAAUAAAGAUAAACUGAAAACCACAAUAAACUGGUGUUGUCAACGCUUAGGACGUUAUCGUAUGCCCUUAGUUUGGACUGCUGUUGAUUUAACACCAUAUAUGAUUGAUCCUCGUAAUAAAUUUAUUCAAUCACAAACUGAUGAUACUCAUUGUGCAAAAACAACGGAAUCCAUUAAUCUCAACAAACAAUAUUCUGAGUUUAAUAAACGAAAUUUAAAUGGUGGCGGUAGUACACGUAGUCGGUCAGUAGAUCCUGCUUUACAUAAUCAUUCAGAGGAUAAUAGUGUUAAUCCUCAUGAUUCAUUAUCAUCAUCAAUAUUUGGUGUAUCGAAUAGUCCAGAGGGUUUCGUAAAAAAAGCAAAAUAUGACUGGAUAAAAGGAAUGGUAACUAGUCAUCAUGAAAAACGCUUUCAUCAAAGUAUUUCUAAUUGUUCAAAAAGCAUCGAACAAUCAGAUUCAAUAUGCUUUUCACCUAUAGAACUAAAAAUUAAUAAUUUUUUUAGACAAGAAAAAGAUCGAAUAAAUGACGAUGAGUUAUUUCGUCAUGUUAAUGAAAUUCAUCGUCAAACACUAUUUAAUCAUCGACAUGUCAUUUCACCUGGUCCUGGAUUAAAUGGUGUUUUAAUGAACAAUCACGUUGCUACUAAUAAUAACAGUAAUAAUUCAGAGAAUUCUAAUUUAAAUAUUUCCAACUUUUCAUUAAAUCUUUCAUCUGCAUUUAGUCCUACUAGCGGUUCAGUGAGACGUUUCAAAACAAUUUCUAAUAUAUCAUUAAAUAUACGUUUACAUUGGGCGACUUCACAAACUCUUAUCAAUUUGUUAAAGUCAACGAAUCUAAAAAUUGAAAGAUAUUCAAUUUCAGAAAGAAAAGAUGAAUUAAAUAGUCAGUCUAGCAUUUUGCUCAAUCCCGAAUGUCUUCCGUACAUUGGUUCUAUUUUUCAAGCAUUUAGUGAUUUUUCUGUUAAUAAAGGUGACAAUAACUCUACAGUGUUUAAACAUAUACCAAAUAUGAUUCGUGAAGUUCUUGAAUUGCCUUCACCAGAUCUAAUGGUCCCAUUUACAUCAUAUCGUAACCUUUUAUAUGUAUAUCCACGAAGUGUUAGUCUUCCUCCUUCAAAACAGGCUUCUUCUCGAAAUAUUACUGUUCGUGUACAAUUAAUGUAUAGUGACUCUACUGUAACUAAAGUACUUCCGGCUAUAUAUGGCAAAAGCAAUUCUCCUAGGUUUAUAAGCGACGCGUUUACUACAGUUCUAUAUCAUAAUAGAUCGCCAGAAUUUUUCGAUGAAAUAAAAAUUCAGUUACCUGGAAAAUUGGAAGAAACUCAUUAUCUGUUAUUUACAUUUUAUCAUGUAAUUUGUCAAACAAAAAAACUUGAAUCAUCUGCGUCUUUAGAAACCGUAAUUGGUUAUUCUUGGCUACCUUUAUUAGAACAAGGAUGUUUAAAAGAUCGUGAUCUGAAUUUGUUAGUCAGUGUAGAAAAACCAUCCCCAGCUUUGGCAAUGAUUAAGCCGGACAUAAAAUCGAUCUCAGAAAAGUUUUGUGUGGAUGCUUGCAAAUGGGUUGAUGCUCAUCGUGAACUAUUCAGUGUUUCUACAACUGUUGUUUCUAGCGUUUACAUGCAAGAUGCUUCAUUAGAAUGUCUUUUAUCGGCUUGUCAUAUAAAUCGAAUCAAUUCUACCAUUGAAAGUUUUGCUAAUCGAUCUGCUGUUCGUCAACUAUUCUCAUAUAUUCAUAAAACAAGUCUUCAUCAGUUAACUGCAUUUUUCGUACCACUCCUCGAUGGCUUUCUUCGAUUGUUAUUUAAUUGCAUAAUAAGUACAAUUUCAAUCAAAAUGAAUGGUACCAAAUCGAAUAAUAAUGAUAGUAGUAUGGAAAUGAAUAGACCUAGUCUAAUCGCGUUAGAACUGCUCAUUGUAUUUUUGAAUCGUAUUACACGAAGUUUUCCUCAUUUAAAUGAUAGACAUGGACGAAACCAACUUCUAGUUUCAUAUUUAACUGGCCCACACUUUUUAACUAUUGAAACAGUUUUAGGUCAUUACUUCUCUGGGCAUCCGUUAUUUGGAGUACCGAUAGUUUCGGAUUUGGUAAAUCCUGAACAGAUCGAUAAAAGCCUUUUAGCUAAUAUCACUUUAACUGAACUUAUAAAAAUCUAUCUAUUCAGAACUAAACUCAAUGAUUCUCAAAGUAGUCAAACUUUUUUCCCUUCAUUAUGGUUUCUUUUGGAAUUAUUUAUUCAUUUAUUAGCACAAGAUUGGCACUUGACAAUAGAAGCUAAUGAACCGAACAUCAUUUUACCACUAUAUGAAAACCCUUGUUUUUUGGAAGAUUUAAGUUCAUUUAAUACAUGCCUAACAGAAUAUAUGAUUCGAUAUGUUUGUAGUCAAUAUACUAAAAUUUCGGAUGCAGAUUCAACUCAGUGGGAAUCGCAUCGACUAAGCAAUCAAAUAUUCUCAUUUUUCCUUUACGAUCUUUUCUCAUUUCUACCUAUCGAGUAUAUUUUUUCUGAAAUAAAAAAUUAUUGGAAUAAAAUUGAUCAACUACUCUCGGAUGCAGAAUUAAAUCAAAUUUCAAGUGAUAAAUUAUUAAAUUAUUUCAAAUUAGAUUUAUUACAAAUAAUUUGUUCACAUAAAGCAUUUUACCUGUUGAAUGAUUGUAAUAAUGACAAUGUUAAUUUCAAUAAUUUAUUACCAGUGAAUUGUGAACGAUUACUUCAAAGUUAUAAGCAAUUAUCCUUAUGCAAAAAUAAUCAUCAAACAAAGCCUUAUAUAAAGUCAAAUUAUAUUCCAUUAGCUACUAUUGAACCAGAAUUCUAUGGAACUGAAGAUAAUCAUCAUCAUUGUCACACUGAUGAUUAUCAUGCAAAAAGUUUAAACAUAAAUAAUAUGAAUGUCUUCAAUAGACAUUUUCUUAUUUCACUAGUUAUUUGUGAAUUGAUCACAGCUUUAAGAUCUGAGAACUCUGACCUGCAAAGACGUGGAGUUGAUGUUCUUUGGAAUAUUCUAUUAAAUAAUGAAUUGGAUUUAGAAAAAGAGACAUCAGAAAAAGAUUCUUCAUCUCAAUCGAUUUCUAACCUAUCUCAGCUCACUUACUUUUAUGCCUCAAUACUUAAUAUUACGUGUGAUUCUUUGCCAUGUCUUGUUAAAACAUGGCGUUUAAACCAAUUUCGAUCAAAUCGUUCUGCUGAGACUGAAUUUCUCAAACCUAAACAACAAUUUACAUAUGCCACAACAGCAGAUAAAGUGGUUCCUAAUUCAUCGAAUGAUUCUUGUUCAACAGUUCGAGCUUCCGGAAGAAUGAGACGGAUAAGGCGAUAUGCAAAACCUACUAAAUUCUUGGAAUCUGUAUCGGUCGGGAAUUCGAAUACUAAAGAACCUGAAAAACUUCGUUCUCCACUACCUAAUGAAGAUUCAGAUGUGAACCUUAUAUUGAAUACCCAAUUGGAUUCUACUAAACCUAUGAAAUAUAGUACAAUGAAACGAUUAUUGUUAAUUAAUGUUUGGAUUCUUAAAUAUAUUCCCGAUUCACUUUAUCAUGAAUGGCUUCAACAAGCUAGCACUAAAGAGCGGAAUCAGCUUUUGUUAUUGAUUUUCUUAAUCGUAGAUGUUUUCGAAACUCACAUUUCCGAAGAUGAUUUACCCCUUAAAGAUAGUUGCUCUCUAAGAGAUAGUAGAAAUCAUUCAGAUUAUCAAGUAAUUAAGAAUGAAUCACGAAAUACCUUGGAUCAAAAUACUUCAUCAAAUGAUCAUAUUUCUGUUGAUCGAUCCCUCAAAAAAUCACCUCAUGAUUCACUUAUCAAGUUGAAAUCUCCAUCAGUUGAUUGUACUUUGUCAAGUCCUUAUGUUCAUCAAAAUAACAACACUUCCUCAAGUCAACAAUAUCAUUCUCGUCCAACUUUACUAAAACUCAGGACUAAAUUUACAAGAUCUAAUAGUUUUUCACUGGGAUCAUAUUCAAAUGAUACAGAUUUGUUUAGCUCAAAUCAAGAUUUAAAUGUUCUACGAAGUAUUUUGGUUUCUAAUGAUGUUGUUAUGGUCUUGUGCAAUUCGUUGGAUGCUACUAUAGAAGGAUUAUGGCAAGCGGACACGGCACUUGGCCAACCUGGCUUAAGUUUAUUCACACUUUAUAAUUAUCCAUUUAAUUGUAUUCUACCUUACAAGAAAUCGAAUUCGAUUAAUAAUGAAAACAAUACCUCUACAAGCCAAUGUCUUAUCAGUUGUAUUAUUCGUAUUAUCUUAUAUGUACUUGGUUUAAAUCAAAGCUCAGUGAGUUAUCAACGCAUUCUGCUUUCCUUGAAACGUAUCAUAUCACGUUUCCCUAGCUUCUUAUUUGAAGAUAAUCCGGAAUUUUGUUCUGUUUCAUGUCAUCAUUUAUUACGGUUAUGUACAAUGAAAGAAACAACUGUUCGCGACGAUGCUGUAGAUACAUUAUAUUUUUUAAUAAAAAAUUAUCAUACACUAACUAAAAAUCUAUCUUUUGUCAAAGUACAUCUUUAUUUAACAUUUAAUUCAUUUUUUACAAAGUUAAUUAAUAGUGGAAUGAUCAUAUCAAAUAAUUCACUAAUGAAUAAACAUUCGAAUUAUAAAAUGAAUACUGAAAAUAUUCAUUUCACAUUGUCGUCUACUUUGUUAAUGAAAGCAUAUUUAAUUGAUUCAUUACAUUAUUUAAAACAUUUAACCUUAUCAGAUGUUGAUUCCAACUUAUCAACUAAAUUAAUUGAUAACAGUAACUAUGACGAAACAAUGUUUGAUUCAGAAAGAUACAUUGAACCAUUUAAUUUAACAUCAUUAUCAUUGAAUAAUAAUGACGAUGGGUAUAAUACGGUUUCUGGAAUAACUACAACACCGAUGACAGUGCCAACAAUACCAUUUAUGUCAAAUAUUCCCACUUCAAAUUUUACUUUACAAAUUAGUCAACUAGUAGAUAAUUUAAAUUAUUUAUUAAAUGAUGCUAUACGAUUACAAGAUACAAUCCAUGUUGUAUAUAAACGACAACAGGAACAAUCGAAUGAUUGUUUUAAACAAACAGUGAAUGAAGAUACACUUUCAAUGAUUGAUUUAUUACAUUCUAUAUCACAUAGAAAUCGUGCAUCACCGGAAUUACGAUUGUAUUGGAUUUUACAAAUUGCUGAGAAACAUUAUGAACUUUCUCAAUUUGCUGAAGCUUCUCAGUGCUUAGCACACUGUACAGCUAUUGUCGCUGAACAUAUGAUUAAUCGAGGUUGUAGUCCAUCUGGACUAUCAUCAGCUGGAUGUGCAGAUAUUGCUGAUGCUGUACAAAAUUUAAAUAUACUUGAAGAAAGUUGUGCGUGCGGCUUUCCUAAUACAAGUGUAUUCGAUAAGUUCAGUUGUUCUACACCGAUAAUUCUACAAGAUUUAUCAUCUCUUAUGCCUUUAGAUGUUUCUUGGCAUUUUACAAUGCCUGGAUUUAUGGCACUAAUAUCCUGGACAGCAGAAUCAUUUGCAAAAGCUGGCUUUUAUGAAAUAGUUCCAUGUUUAUAUUCUCGCCUUGUGCUUUUGUUGCAAUCAAGUAAUGAUUAUGGACGUCUAGCAGAGAUCCAUGGACGAAUAAGAGAUGCAUAUACCGUACUGAAUAAAAAUCAGAAUACUAAAAGAAUGUUCAGUAGUUAUUUCCGUGUUGGUUUUCAUGGAAUUAUUUUUGGUGAAUUAAACGGUAAAGAUUUUAUAUAUAAAGAAGCUCCAUUCACGAAAUUGGCUGAAAUCACUCAUAGACUUCAAGCAUUUUAUGGAGAUAAAUUUGGUCAAGACAGGAUAGUCAUCAUUAAAGAUUCAAAUAUUGUAGACGAAAAACAAUUAGAUAGUGAUAAAGGUUAUCUUCAAAUCACUUUUGUGGAACCAUACUUGGAGGAUUUUGAACUUCGAAGACGUACAACUAAAUUUCAUUGUAAUUAUGGUCUAAAGCGUUUUGUUCUUUCUCUACCGUUCACAAUUGAUGGACAGGCUCAUGGUAGUUUAAGUACACAAUACAAGCGAAAAUACAUCCUAACAACAUCCCGAUGUUUUCCGUAUAUGAAGACACGUUUAUUAGUUGUAUCAACUGAAUCACAUACUCUGACCCCAAUUGAAGUUGCUUUAGAAGAUAUAACACAUCGAGUUGAACAAUUAGAUCGAGUAUUAACAACAGAACCACCUGACGUUAAAUAUUUACAAAUGUUAUUACAAGUAGGUUGUUGUGAUUCAUUCAAAUUUCAUUUCAAUUAAAAAAUUUCCGUGAUUACUAGUGUGUAUAUAGAUGUUUUAGUUCACCUAAAAAUUAGCUAAUUUAAUUAAUAAAUUUAUGUUCAACAUUUCUCUAGAUAACUGACCUCUGCAUUUUGUAUUUCGACAAACUACUCUAAUCAUAUAAAAUGUACAGGCGAAUUUUACAUUAUUACAUUCUAGAACUGUAAACUUAUAAUUAUUGUCAUAUUUUUCUUUCAUUGUGCAAGAUUCUCCAUAUUUGAUAUAGAGCGAGAGGUCGAUCAGAGUUGAAUACCUAAAGGUGUAUUGGUAGGUGAUUUGCAAAAGAAAAAACAGUUCAAGUGAUUGGCAUGAACUGACCCCUUCUUUAUACCUUGGUUUCUAAUUUUUACUUAUAAAUCGAUAAUUCUAAAAUAAUAGUUCAAAGUAUCCACGAGUUUUUCGUUACUAGAACUGUUGCUGACUGAAUUCCACUUCACGAUACUUAGUUAUACUGGUAUCAAGGUCCAAUGGUUAUCGGAUGAUCAGAAAUAGCUCUGUAAAAUACCAGUUGAGAAUCCUUUUUAUUGACGGAAGUAACAAUGAGAACAGGUUGUAGUUGAUACGUAGUACUUUUUGAGUGAUAAUUACACAAGGGGAAAUGUGUUUGUACUGUAGGGGCUGAUAUUAUUUCAAGCCCACAUAGUUUAUUCUAGCUUCUGGACAGACCAAUCUUUUCAUUCUUCUCAAGCCACAUUCUUACCUUGUCACUUAUUCGCCUAUUAGUCCUGACUGUUUUUUAUAUGAUUGCGUGUUAAUUAUUUACCCUAUUCAUUAUGAAUUGGCAACUUCUUUUUGUCUGACUAUAAAUAUCGGUUCAACCUUGGUUAGAUCGAGUUGGUUCACAUACCAUCUCCGGUUCGCUUCCUUUUUCUGAUUGUUAGUCUGGAUCAACGAUUGUAUGAAAUAUACGUAUUCUAAAUCCAUUCCCGUAAUGGACUUAUUUAAUUCCUUUAUUCGCUAACGCGAUUUAAGACGAUAACUACAUACAAGAGUUGGUGGCAUGUAUAUUUCCAUAGCAAUCAUUCGUCCGAUCUAAUCGGAGUCAGAUUUCGGGUCGCACUACAAUACCAGAUAUUAUACAGUACACAGAAACAGUAUUAUGUAAUACUGAUAAUCACGUUAAACAUGAAUAAAAUUUUAAGGAAACAAACUUUGGUAACAAUUGUUCACAAAUCAAGUUUUAAAAAUCACUAAACGGAUACCCACUAAAUUGUCCAUGGGCAUUACUACAGUAAACUAUUGUUUGAUAAUAACAGCAGACACAAAAAUAUAUAAUGCAUUUGGAUAUUUUGCAAAAGUAAUAUGACUGCUUUGUAUAAUAAUUAAAUAUGGCAAACUAUUUCUAGAAGUGGAUAUUUAAGAGAAGUUACGAUGCUAAGACAUAGCGCCCAUUAACAAAAGUGACAACUUACAAUGCCGAUCUGUAUUAUCUCUAAGGUUUUCACCAAUCUCCUACUACAAUAUGUUGUUUGUUUUUGUUUUAAUUCGUAAGAUUUCAUCGGGAAUAUUGAUAAUUACGCUUUUUUUCUUUCAGGGAUGCAUCGGAACUGUGGUCAACCAAGGACCUGUUGAAAUGGCAACAACUUUCUUGGGGCAUGAAAAAAAUAAACCAUUAAAAUCAUUAAUUCCCGAUAAGAAUAAGUCGUCUACAACAUUGAAUUCCACUACAUAUGAAGAUAUACAAAAUCGUCUUAGGAUAACUUUUCAACAAUUUCUGAUAAAAUCAUAUGAAGCUCUCCGUCUAAAUGAAUCAUUAAUCGGUUCUGAUCAGAUAGAAUAUCAUAAAGAGUUGGAAAGAAAUUUCACCAACGUUAAACGACUACUUGAUCCUUUGAUCGUGAUACCUAAAUCUACUUUGACUAAUGGUUUUACAGGGAUGAAACAAAAUGAUGAAUUUCCACUAAAAUCAACAAAAUAAUGGCAUAAAGUCUGCUGAAUACUUUUCAAUUUAUUCUAUACUACUGAAUACCAUUUUCAGUAACCACCUUCGCAUUUAUUUACAAAAUUCCAUAUACUCGUGAAUAAAUUAAGACAAUAAAAAGUGGUGAUACUUAAUUUACAAUUUGUUCAUUCUGCGAUGUCAAUCCGGUAAAAUUCUACCCGUCUACUUCAAUCUUUUCAUCACUUCUGUUGUUUAUUUUCAUUUGAUUUUGUUAUUUAUUUAAUAAACGGAAUAAUUUACAUAAUUUCAUUCUUUCCUUACUUCUUAGUCUCUUCUUUUUUUUAAAUACCUACAGAAGACGUGUACAAUAGUUUAUCCCGCAAAAUUAUACUGUGAUAAAACAUUUUUCGCACUUUUAGCCCGGGUUUCUACGUUGUUAUUUAUUUCGUUUUGGAAUUUCCUCGUAUUAGGUGUUUUCUUAAUUUAUCUACUCUGCAUUGUACUGUAAAUACCUGUAUAUUAAUUAUUGUAUUUGAACAAAUAUUCCUACUAAAAUUUAUUUAUGUAUAAAUACAUUGAUAUGUCUAUUA